UAAUUAUUAGGAACCUCCUGUGUGCCAGACACAUGCUCAAUAUACCACGUUUUGGGAGGAUGGCGUUGAAACAGGUUUCCAGCAGCAAGAGCUUUGGGGGAUUCCAGAAAGUUUUUGAACAUGACAGUGCUGAACUGAAGUGCAAAAUGAAAUUUGGUGUUUACUUGCCACCAAAGGCAGAAACUGCAAAGUGCCCUGUAUUGUAUUUCCUGUCUGGUUUAACUUGCACAGAACAAAAUUUCAUAACAAAAUCUGGUUUUCAGCAAGCUGCCUCUGAACAUGGCCUUAUCGUCAUCUCUCCAGAUACCAGCCCCCGUGGCUGCAAUAUUAAAGGAGAAGAUGACAGCUGGGACUUUGGCACUGGUGCUGGAUUUUACGUGGAUGCCACUGAAGAGCCCUGGAAGACCAACUACAGGAUGUAUUCUUAUGUAACAAAGGAGCUUCCCCAACUCGUAAAUGCCAAUUUUCCAGUGGAUCCCCAAAGGACGUCUAUUUUUGGCCACUCCAUGGGAGGCCAUGGAGCUCUGAUUUGUACUUUGAAAAAUCCUGGAAAAUACAAAUCUGUGUCAGCCUUUGCUCCGAUUUGUAACCCAGUGCUCUGUGUCUGGAGCAAAAAAGCCUUUGCUGCAUUUUUGGGACCAGACCAAAACAAGUGGCAGGCUUAUGAUGCUACCCAUCUUGUGAAAUCCUACACCGGUCCUCAGUUGGACAUACUGAUUGAUCAAGGAAAAGCGGAUGAGUUUUACAAUGAGUUGCACCCUGAGAACUUCAUAGCUGCCUGUACAGAGAAGAAAAUCCCUGUUGUUUUUAGAUCACAAGAGGGUUAUGAUCAUGGCUACUACUUCAUUGCCACCUUUAUUGCUGAUCACAUCAGACAUCAUGCCAAAUACCUGAAUGCAUGAAAACGUCUCAGAAGAGAAUCACUGCUGGAGAAGGAAAAUUGUAUUAAAGAGAAUUGCUGAGAAAGAUUUCAAAACAUUGAUGGCAUAAUGCUAAAAUGGGUUCAUUCUACAGUUGAAUCAUCUGAAUAAAUAAGCCUAUUUCUAAUAUGACAGAUUAUUUUUCACCUGUACAAGUACACUUUUUCAGUUUCACUGAAAAUCCCUGAUGUAUGAUCCACAAAUAAUUUCCUGUCACAUGUUUAAUUUUAACUCACCAAGAAAAGUAAUUUUUUUGUAAAAACCAAAUUGCAUUCCUUUAAGAUAUUAAUAAAUUUUUUUGAAAGACGCAA